UGCCUCCUCCACCUCUCUCCUCUCACUCUUCUCUCUUUUAUCAUCUCCUUUCUUCCCCCAAACCCACCCACUCUCUUCCCGAAAACAGAGAAACAGUCCAUCUUUCUCAGGGCUUUGAGCCAUGGAUUAUCACAUCUAUGGCUUCCCCAAUCUCAAGAUGAUCAACAUCCUCUUCCUCGCCUCUUUCUUCCUCCUCUCUACCCAUGCCCAUUCUUCUGCAUUGCCCAGGAAGCCCUCUUCUUCCUCCAACUCUCCUCAAAUCAACUCCAACUCUGUCCUCGUUGCUCUUCUUGACUCCCAUUAUACCGAGCUCGCGGAGCUUGUUGAGAAAGCCCUCCUCUUGCCCACCCUUGAGGACGCUGUCGGCAAACACAAUAUCACCAUCUUCGCCCCAAGAAACGAGGCUUUGGAGCGUGACCUUGACCCUGAGUUCAAGCGCUUUCUUCUCGAGCCCGGAAAUCUCAAGUCUCUCCAGACUCUUCUCUUGUUUCAUAUCAUUCCUAACCGUAUUGGUUCCGGUGAGUGGCCGGAGGGGCUUUCCGGAGACCCCACGCAUAGCACCUUGUCCAAUGAUCGGCUUCGUUUGGAGAGUAAGGGCUCUGGUGUGAGGAGUGUGGAUCUGGCGGCGGUGGUCCAACCCGACGCCGUUCUUCGGCCCGACGGGGUUAUUCACGGGAUCGAGAGGCUGUUGAUUCCCCGGUCCGUCGAGGAGGACUUUAACCGCAGGAGGAGUCUCCGGUCCAUUUCUGCCGUUCUGCCAGAGGGGGCGCCGGAGGUUGAUCCUAGGACGCACCGCCUGAAAAAGCCAGUGUCGGUCCCUGCCGGAGCCCCUCCGGUGCUGCCGAUCUACGACGCCAUGGCCCCUGGACCCUCCCUAGCUCCAGCGCCGGCGCCUGGGCCCGGCGGUCCCCGCGGCCACUUCGACGGCGAGAGCCAGGUCAAGGACUUCAUCCAAACUCUACUACAUUACGGCGGGUACAACGAAAUGGCGGACAUUCUCGUCAACCUCACCUCCCUCGCCACCGAAAUGGGCCGAUUAGUCUCUGAAGGCUAUGUUUUGACAGUCUUGGCACCCAACGACGAGGCCAUGGCGAAGCUCACCACAGACCAACUGAGCGAGCCGGGAGCGCCGGAGCAGAUUAUGUACUAUCAUCUGGUGCCGGAGUACCAGACGGAAGAGAGUAUGUACAAUGCCGUGAGACGCUUCGGGAAAGUCCGAUACGAUACGCUGCGUUUACCGCACAAAGUUGUGGCUCAGGAGGCCGAUGGAUCGGUCAAAUUCGGAGAAGGCGACGGCUCAGCAUAUCUUUUUGACCCCGACAUUUACACCGACGGCCGGAUUUCAGUUCAGGGUAUAGACGGCGUGUUAUUCCCGGCGGAGGAGAAGGAGACCAAACUCGAAGCCAAAACGAGUCGGGUCACCAAGCUUGUUGCCAAGCCCAGGAGAGGGAAAUUGAUGGAAGUCGCAUGUAGGAUGCUAGGGGCGUUUGGUCAAGAUUCUCGUUUCACUAGCUGUCAAUAAAAACACUCUCCUCCCCAAUAUCACAAAACAAAAUAUGAAACAUGUAAAGAUGAAGAAAGGGUAAAUUCAUUUGUUUUUACGCAGCCAUCAACCAUAUAUGUCAUUUGUGUAAUUUGGUUUAAGCUCCAUUGGAUUCUUAGGCUAAAAGUGCAUGUGGGGUUAUAAAUCUUGCAGUUGUACGUAGAUGCUGAAGGGGAUGUGUGCUGGAUUUGCUUGGAAACCCUGAGAAGAGAAAGUUCAUUACUGUUAUUUUGUUAUGAAUACUGUAAUUAUCAAUAUCCAUUUAUAUUUUUUUUUCCCAACUGAGUUUGUGUUUGUGUUUGAUUCAUCACCACUGGAACACCAUUGUCUUCCACCGCAACUCACUGUCAUUUUUUUGGCUGAUGGGAUCCAUUGCUUGUGAGUCAAAUAUAAACCUCCUCUGUUUGAUAUUUUUGUUUUAGCUAUUGAUUAAAUAAGAAUGGGUUUUGUAUGUGUGCA